AUGGCCACUGAUACAUCUUCCUUGAAACUCUUCGGCAUAAACCUUCUUGAAACAACGUCGAAUCCGAACCAGUCGCCUGAACCAAGAUCCGGACCUGGAUCCGAGUCAAGGAAAUACGAAUGUCAAUACUGUUGCAGGGAGUUUGCAAACUCUCAAGCUCUUGGUGGUCACCAAAACGCACACAAGAAAGAGCGUCAACUUCUAAAACGUGCACAGAUGCUAGCCACUCGUGGCCUGCCACGUCAUCAAAACUUCAACCCUCACACGAAUCCGCUUCUCUCCGCCUUUGCGCCGUUGCCUCACCUCCUCUCUCCGCCGCAUAUGAUGCUCUCUCCUUCUUCCUCGUCUUCUAAGUGGCUCUACGGUGAACACGUAUCGUCACAGAACGGCCCCAUGUACUUUCACGGUGGAAGAAGCCUUUACGGAGGCGGUAUGGAGUCUAUGGCCGGAGAAUUUAGGGCUCACGGUGGAUCUUUGUCGGAGAGGAGGAGGUUCGCCGGAGAGAAUGAUCGUAGUAGUGGACUCAAGUUAGAGAAUGGUAUUGGGCUGGAUCUCCAUUUAAGUCUUGGGCCAUAA